AUGUCAAAAUGGAGGGAUCGUUUCUCCUCGCUGGAGGCGCUGCUGUCUGUGGUGGUGGUGCUUCUGCUUGUGGUGUGUGUGGCCCUCGCCGUGGUGACCUGGCUGGCCCUCAGUCCUGAAGCACUCACGGAUGGUUCAGUGCAGUCAGAGAUGAGCGGGAGUCUAACCAUCUCCAAAGGUGUGGAUUUUACCCCGGAGCUCCUUGACAGCAGUAGUGCACAGUUCAAAGCUCUGGCUUAUGACACCGAAAGGCUGAUAUCCGAGGCCUACAGUCAAAGCUCCCUCAAAGAUCAUUACAUGGGAUGUGACAUUCAGAGCUUCAGGCAGGGCAGUGUGGUGGUGACCUUUGCCCUCUUUCUGCGGGGAAUGGUGGGGUCCAUAGAGGCCCAGGAGCAGCUGGUGAAGAGCCUGCAGAGUGGGGGGGUUAACCUGGGGGGGCUGGUUGUGGACCCCGACUCUGUGACCAUCUCAGGGACCAGCACCACACAGUCAUCAAUCACCCCAAACACCAGCAGCACCGUCACCACCAGCACAUCUUUGACCACUAGUCCAGUUCCAUGUCCUGAGGGUGAGCGGAUGUGUGGGGAUGGUAAGACCUGUGUGGCGCUGCCCCAGUGGUGUGAUGGGGUGAAGGACUGUCCUGACGGAGCCGAUGAGGACGACAAGCUCUGUGCGACAGCCUGUGAUGGGCAGUUUGUCCUGCAGGGUCCAGCAGGAUCGUUCCAGUCAGAGAACUUCCCUCUGCCGUACGAGAACGAGAGAGUGUGUCGCUGGAUCAUACGGGUGCAGGAGGGACUGUCCAUAAAGGUGGACUUCCAGUCAUUUCACACUGAGCAGGACACUGAUGUUCUGACCCUGUAUGAGGGAAUCGGACCAAAGAAAAUCUUAACAUACUCUCUGUCAGGUUCCAACCCUCCAGGGACCCUGUGGCUGAUGUCUGACAAGGCCACUGUGGUCUUCUCCACGGACUACGCCAACACCCUCCCCGGGUUCAACGCCACCUUCAGAGCCCAGGACCUCAGCACUCUCUCCAACGAGCAGAAGGUGCAUUGCUCUUUCGAGGAUGGCAUGUGUUUCUGGAGGCAGGAGCCUGAGGAUGAUGGGGACUGGAUCCGGGUCCAAGGGCCCACCUUUCCCCCCUCCACCGGCCCCAGCACGGACCACACCCUGGGGAACGUGUCAGGCUUCUACGUGGUGACCCCAGCAGGUUUUGGUAACUGGCAGAGGAGCUUCAGACUGCACAGUCUUCCUCUUGCACACUCCAAAGAGCCUCUUUGUCUUAGCUUCUGGUACCACAUGUACGGACAGGAAGUGAGCAGUCUGAGUAUUCGGGUGAAGAACGGUUCUACUUCCUAUGUGCUCUUCCACAAGGAGGACAAUUAUGGAGACCACUGGAACUAUGGCCAGAUCAGCCUCAAAGUCACCUCAAACAUCACAGUAGUCUUUGAGGCCCAGAAAAGAACAAGCAGAGGAAAUGACAUAGCUUUGGAUGACAUCAACCUGAGCAACGGAGUAUGUGAAGGAGGUCCACCUGAGCCCACUCCAGUGCCGACCCCAACUACUCCACCACCAAUACCACCCGACUGUGGGGGCCCCUUUGACCUGUGGGAGCCCAACUCUACAUUCUGUUCUCCGAACUACCCACAUGGCUACGGGAACAAGGCCUCCUGUGUUUGGAACCUGCAUGCACAAGAAGGACGGAACAUCCAGCUGCACUUCCAGGAUUUCGCCCUCGAGUCGGGUUAUGAUAUCAUGGAGGUCAGAGAUGGCCCAGGGCCUACGUCUCUACUGCUGGGUGUCUUCACUGGGGAACGUAGUUUCCCGGAUGUCUUCUCAACCACCAGUCAGAUCACUGUGAUGCUGUUCACGGACAGCUCGGGAAAUGACAGAGGUUUCUGUGCCAACUUCACCUCUGGCAUCCGACUGGGCCAGCCAGAGCCAUGUCCAUCUGGUCAAUUCCAGUGUGGCUCUGGGGAGUGUGUCUCUAGCAGCAGUGUGUGUAAUGGUGUGCGGGACUGUCCUGAUGCCUCUGACGAAACCCAGUGUGUUCACCUGCUGCCGGUGAGCUCUGUGAACAGUACAGGUGAGGCCAGACUGCAGGUUCAAGUGAAUACCAGCCGUUACACUGCAUGUGCUCAGAACUGGACAUCAGAUCUGUCUCAGUACUUCUGCCGCUACUUGGGCUACAGGUCAGGAGAAGCCAUCUCUGUGUUAGCCAGAGAGGAGGACUCUCCGUUUAUCUCUAUUUUGCUGAGGCCUGAUGGUAGUCCACACCUGGAGUCCAGAGAUGCAUGCCCAGAGAAUGUGGUUGUGGCUUUGAGCUGCAAUAACCAACCUUGUGGCGUACGUAAGAUCUCCAACAAAACCAGAUCUGUUCCCUGGGAUGAUGGAGAGAAGAGAGAGAAAGAGAAAGAACAGAUAGAGGAGAGGACGGAAAAGAAGAAUAAUAGGGUGGUGGGUGGGGAAGAUGCUGUGAAGGGGGCGUGGCCUUGGGUGGUGUCGCUGAGCUGGCUGGGUCGUCACGUGUGCGGAGCGUCGCUGAUUGACAACGAGUGGCUGCUUACGGCUGCACACUGUGUUUUUGGUAAGAAUGUCCACCUGUCUAACUGGGUUGCUGUGCUGGGUCUCCACUCCCAGUAUGGUAUGGACAACCAGGACCGACAGAACCUCCAGGUGGACCAGGUCAUCAUGAAUGAACACUACAACCGCCGGACCAAACAGGCUGACAUCGCACUCAUGCACCUGAAGACACCUGCCAACUUCACAGAUUAUGUGCAGCCUGUGUGUCUACCUCACAAGAAGCAGCAGUUUGAGGCUGGCAGGAAGUGUGUCAUUGCUGGCUGGGGGCGGCUGGAGGAAGGAGGUACUGUGGCUGAUGUUUUGCAGCAGGCAGUGGUACCACUAGUGGGCUGGGCCCAAUGUCAAGAGUUGCUGCCGGAGUACAACCUCACGGCCCAGAUGGUGUGUGCUGGGUUCCUUGAAGGAGGCGUGGACACCUGCCAGGGUGACUCUGGGGGUCCUCUGAUGUGCGAGGAGGACGGCCGGUGGGUGCUGGUGGGGGCCACCUCGUUUGGGGUGGGUUGCGCGCGCCCCAACAGACCUUCAGUCUACACCCGCGUCAGCGAGUUCAUUGACUGGGUGGUGGAGACUCGCCGUCAGCACUCCCACUGGGAGGGAUGAGGGAUGGGUGAACAGACUGAACAAGUAAGAUCAAAGACUACACUGGAGGUUAAUGAAAUAAUAAACUAUUCACUGUGGUGGUAAAACAAGAGGUGAGACUACUGACUAAACUAACGACUAAUAAACUGAAUGCUGCACUUGAAGAGCUCAUAUCAGAACAAACCGAAGAGCAAGAACUACAAUCUGAGCACCACAAUGGGGAGGAUGAAGGUAGGUACCAAGCCUGAAGACUACAGUGUAAACACUAAGGACUAACACACUGCACUGGAAGUGAAGACUACACACUGAGGCAAACAAUGCACUAGAUAAAAUGGAGGUAGAGAAUAAAAUCUGAAGACUACAGACUCCACAAUGCCAUGGAAAGACGAGAGAUCCAGACUCAGGACUGACAGCCGUAGAUUAGCGACUAAAGCAUAAGCAUGAAAAGGCUGAACAGACAGCAAGUAAAGGCUGAAGACUAAGGAGGAAACACUACAGACUCAACACUGCACUGGAGAGCCUACAGUAUGUCACGCAAACUGAAGGCUGUGCUCUUCACAUCUGAUGAUGAACUGCUUAUAAAGUUCAACUUAGACGUUGAAUAUGUAGAAUUUAGGAUUCCAAGUAAAUGCAAAGGGACAGUAAUUCAAUUAUUAUU